CUUGCGUGUGUGUGUGUGUGUGUGUGUGUGUGUGUAUGCGUGUGUACAUGUGUGUGUUUGUGCGCGCGUGAGUCAGUAUGCCAUGUCGUCCCCGGGCUCGUCGUUUGUGCAGAUAAAGCAUGAGGACCUGCUCUUCUACGAGAACUGUGGAGGAGGCAGCUUUGGGAGCGUCUACAGAGCCCUGUGGAUUUCCCAGGACAAGGAAGUGGCUGUGAAGAAACUUCUCAAGAUUGACAAAGAGGCUGAGAUUCUCAGCGUGCUGAGUCAUAAGAACAUCAUUCAGUUUUAUGGAGCCGUGCUGGAAUCUCCCAACUAUGGCAUUGUCACAGAGUAUGCCAGUGCAGGGUCUCUGUAUGAGUACCUUUCCAGUGAGCAGAGUGAGGAAAUGGACAUGGAGCAGGUCAUGACGUGGGCCAUACAGAUCGCCAAAGGGUUGCAUUACCUCCACGCAGAAGCUCCAGUCAAAGUCAUUCACAGAGACCUCAAGUCACGCAACGUGGUGAUGACGGCAGACAAAGUGCUGAAGAUUUGUGACUUUGGGGCGUCUAAGUUCCUGUCCCAUACCACCCAUAUGACGGUGGUGGGCACUUUCCCCUGGAUGGCCCCUGAAGUCAUCCAGAGCCUGCCUGUCUCAGAGACCUGUGACACUUACUCCUAUGGCGUGGUGCUGUGGGAGAUGCUGACUCGGGAGGUUCCUUUCAAAGGUUUCGAAGGGCUGCAGGUUGCAUGGCUGGUGGUGGAAAAACAAGAGAGGCUGACUGUCCCCACCAGCUGUCCAGCAAGUUUUGCAGAGCUGAUGAGGAAAUGUUGGCAAGCAGACCCAAAGGAGCGUCCACAGUUCAAACAGGUGCUGGUAACCCUGGAGACCAUGGCCAAUGACAGCAGGCUACCGGACCAGUGCAACUCCUUCCUUCAUAACAAGGACCAGUGGAGGUGUGAAAUCGAGGCGACCCUGGAGCGCCUUCGGAAGUUGGAGAGGGAGCUUUACUCCAAAGAGAAGGAGCUGGAGGAGAGGGAGAGGAGGCUCCGACUGUGGGAGGAGAGGCUGAUGGAGAGGUCCAACAUGUCUCCCAGUCCCACCUCCCUACUCAUGGAGCGCUCAAACAUCACACCAUUCUUCACACCUAUGUCCAUCGGGUCCUCCGGCUCUUUCUUCCGCUCGCACUCUCAGGACUCCAACAGUGCCGGGGUCAGCAGUGCUGGCGUCAGCUGCCUCCUCCGCACCCUCAGCAACGGAGACACGGAGCGGGGGAGCAGUGCCGUGCUGGAGAGGGGGGUGGGCUCGCUCGACAGCGGGAGACUGCAUGCCGUGAUCCGAGGGUUGCAGGGCAGGUUCGGAGACGAGAACGGGGAAGAGGAAGGAACACUGGAGGAGAAAGGCUGGGGGGAGAGAGAUGAGAGUGGCAGCAUGGAAGGAGGAGGAGGAGGACGGGUGCAGGUGACACUCAGGAGCUUCCCAGGCGGCAGAGUGCAGAGGGAGGAGAGGAUGUGGGAGGAGGGGGACAGGGAGAGGGGAGGGAUGCAGAGGAGCAGGGUGACCACCAUAGUCCGAGGGUAUUCGGGGGGGUUUGGAGAGUCAGAAGGGGAGAGGGAGAAGGAGGGAGGAUGGGAGAUAGAGAAGUUGGGGGACAGACUAGAUGAGGGAGGGAUGGAGGGAGGUAUAGAAGGGGGGAGGCUCCCGGCCAUGUUCAAGGGUCUCCACGGGAGUUUGGGGGGCUUGGGGGACAUGCUGUCCUUAGACAUGGAUGAAAUGGGGGACAUGGAGAGACUAGGUGACAUGGACAUGAACAUGAACAUGGGGGACCUGGGAGUGAUGAAGGUGAGGAGUGAGCUGGGGGUCAGGGGUCACAGGAGUGACAUGGGAGUCGUGGUCCAGGGGGUCCGAGGCGACUGCAGCGAGGCCAUCAGCCAAAAGAUUAGAGGGGAGGUAGGGGUCAUCGGUCACUCGGGGGUGCAGGUGAGCAUGCGUGCCUCGUCCAAUCAGAACUCUGUGAAGAGCUGCAGCGUGCGGCACGGAACCAAGAUCAACAUGGCUACCGCAGCCAUGGACAUGAUGGAGCUCGACUGGUCUGACAGCGACUAGAAGAUGAACACACACACACACACACACACACACACACACGUAGAAAUACACACAGAGGCCAAACUAGAACGAUUUUGACUUGUUAGCACACACAGUACCUGAGCUACUGUGUGUGAAUUAGAAUCUCCAGUUGAAAAAGAGCUGGAAUACACACAUUUCUCUUGUUAAAUCUUUUUAUUUUUUAUUAAAUGGAUGAAUACUAUACCCAUGUGUACUGUAAAGUAGGAAGGAGCAAAAAGACAACCAUUGUCAGAAUAACUUCACCUGUGAAAUUGAAUGUGCUAUUAAAACUGCUGGAUAACAAAAUAGCACACUUGAAUGUCGCUCUAAUGAGGCAGCACUGUUCUUCUUCUCCUGCUUGUAGAGUAUCUAGUAGUUAAUCGAGUUGAUUUGUUCAAAACAAGCUUUGACUUCAUCACUUCUAACUGUGAUUUAGUGUGUGAAUUUUUUUUGGCAUUUCUUUCUGUAUAUGUUAUCAUUUUACAAUAAAAA